GGGUGUUUUUUCUGGUAUUCUCAUGGAUGAAGAUGACAUUUUACAAUGUCGCCUAGAAAAGAAUGUUUGGAGAUGUCCAAUUGAGAAUUGUGGUAACUUGCUGAGUCGAAAACAAACUCUUAAAAAUCAUAUUGCCAGUCAGCAUGAUAUUCAAGCUGGAUGUCCUUCAAAGAGAUACAAGCUGUAUGAAACUGAUGACACUGUCUCUGUUCCUAAGACAACUUUAUGGCGCCAGAAAGAUGAUAGGCAAUCCAUGCAUGAAAGUCCUCCACUAGAAGGAAGUCAGAAAUAUGAUUUUGAUACAGCGAUUCCCAUUGUUGUCGAUGUAGAAGACAAUGAAGAGGAUUUGGCUAGCAACCUGGUUGAUGAUGAGCUAUCAGACCUGGAUGAUUAUGACCAUGGAAAUAGCUCCAGUGGUGAAGAAGAAGAAGAAACCAGCGAAAUUUCAAUUUUACCAACAUCCAGAACCAAUGAUCCUCCCUUAUAUGUCAUACCACCCAGCACUAGCUUAUACAGUAGUACUGUUACAAGGUCUGAAUACUUAUUAGCAGCCAGUGCAUUAGCCAAUCGCCAUAAUUUGUCCGCUGUUGCGAUAAAGGAUGUAUUGAGAUUUUCACAACUAGGAUUGCCUGAAAAUAACAUUGCUCACACAACAAUAGACCAAUUGAAAGAGUCCUGUGGAUUUGAUGAAAACUAUUUGAAAUACCACAUCUAUUGUGAAUCCUGCUCAAAGCUGUUUGAUACAGAUCCAGAACAACUUAAUUGUCAAACACCUGGAUGUCAAGGCAAAAAGAAAGCAAAUCAAAACUACUUUAUCACUGGAAACCUUACUGUGCAGUUGAAGGAAAUACUAGAAAGAGAGGGUGUGUGGAAUUCAAUUGAGAUAUCACGGGGCACAACGUCAACUACAGGCAGCAUUUCAGACCUGAAGAGUGGACUUGGCUACAAGAAAUUAAAGGAACCAGGAGGAUUUCUAGACCAAACCUCAAAUCUCACUUUAUCUCUGUUCAUAGACGGCAUUCCACUGUUCAAAAGUUCUGCUGUUUCACUGUGGCCAGUUUACCUCUUAAUAAAUGAAAUUCCUCCAAAGGAACGUUUCAGGAAGAAGAACAUGCUCCUUUGGGGUGUAUGGCAGGGCACUGGUAAACCGAAAAUGAACAUGUUUUUGCGACCUCUUGUGAUGGAUCUGUUGAACAUGUACACAAAUGGAGUGACAUUUCACAUAGUUUCACAUGAGCUGGAAGUUACUGAAAUCAAAACAAAGGCCAUGCUGAUUAUUGCUACCAUGGAUUUACAAGCCAGAGCCUAUGUUUGCGCCAUGACACAGCAUAAUGGAUUGAAUGGUUGUCUUUACUGCAUGGAGCCAGGAGAGGUAGUGCCCAGUGGUAAAGCACAUUGCAGAGCAUACCCAAGUAGAGAUCAACCACCUGUUAUUCGCACAGAUGAGGUUGCAAGGGCAAGUGCAGUUGUUGCCCGUGAGACUAGUUCCAGGACUGAGGGAUUUCUUGGAGAAAGUGUUCUGUGGUACUUGCCAUAUUUUUCUUUGACUACUAAUGUGGUGAUUGAUUACAUGCGUGGGAUUUUGCUAGGAGUCGCCAAAAGAAUGUUAGAUUUUUGGUUCAAUUCAAAAUAUUCUUCAAAACCAUAUUUCAUCGGCUCAAAGGUCACAGAUAUUGACAAGAUUCUGAGAAAUAUCAAACCUCCAUAUAUGAUCCAUCGUCUCCCAAGAACAUUGUCCAACAACUAUCAUCAUUGGAAAGCAUCAGAACUCCGAAACUGGCUACUAUUUUACUCGCUGCCUUGCCUUAAUGGUCAUCUACCACAGAUUUACAACACACAUUUCAGUUGCUUGGUUGAAGGAACUUACCUACUGCUGACAGAGGGCAUAUCUUCAGAUGAUCUGACAAGAGCUGAUGCACUUCUCCGAACAUUCGUCUCUAAUAUUCAGAGAUUAUAUGGCAAAGAAUGCAUGAGUCUAAAUGUGCACAACCUUACGCACUUGGUACCAUUUGUAAAUCUGUGGGGUCCUUUGUGGGCAUGGUCAUGGUUUCCGUACGAGUCUUUCAAUGGUGAAAUCAAGAGGUCAAUCCACGGCACUGGAAAUGUUUGCAAACAGAUAUUUUGGUCACUUCAAGCACAGAAACGCAUAGAAUCCAGUCUUCGAUCAAGCAAGUUUGAUAAUUCCAAUGAAGUGAACUGCUUUUUACAGGAUAUGUUAGAUACACGUUCAGAAAGAUUUUCAGCAGACUCUGAAGCAUUCCAGUGCUCCAUCAUCAAAAGCUCAACUUCAUCACUUGCCUUGACUCCUGAGGAUUUAAACAAUCUAAAAUCUCUUGUUGGUACCAACAAGAAGGAAGAUUUCAUUAAUGUGACCAAAAUAGCUCGCAAUGGGUUUCAGAUGUACUGUAAAAGUUUGUGUAAAAUGAAAAAACAAAACUCCUACACCAUCAAGCUUGAGAAACUGUUGAAAACAAAUGACGGAAAAGAUGCAGAUGCUGUUGAAGUUGAGAGCUAUGUUAUGGAAAAAAAGACCAGAAAGGUGUUUGCCUUUGGCAAGCUGUUAAUAUCAUCAGGAUCUAUAUUGCCGGGAAGAGUUCCUUUCUUGCAAAAGUUGGAGUUUGAUGGGAAUGAACGAGUUGUUAUUCCAGCAGAGACAUUAAGAGAGCCCAUGAUGAUUGUGCCGGUUAAAACCAGUCUGUUUGGUGCUAUUCUUCCUAACAAUGUGGAAAGAGAUUGAACAAAACAUUAACCUGGUGAUGGAAGACCAGAUGAGUAGAGCGCCAUGUUUGAUCUAUGCAAGUACAGGAACCUGGGAUUUUACUCUCCAGAAAGAACUCUUUAUCUUAGUUUUACUUGAAAGACUUUUGUAAAAAUAUUAAAAAUGCAUUCAGAUUUGUUGAUGAAGGUAAAUUUGCAUAAUUGAUCAAAUUAUUUUUUUUUUUUUCCAGAAAAAUAAAUUUAAA